AUGAAGAGGACUACGACUGCAAGUGAAGAAAUUGAGGAUUUACACACCCAAGAAGGAUCAAGUAAAGGAUCUUUGAGCUUAGAAGAAUUGUUCCAGGGAAGUGAUGUUUCCCCUAGUGCUGACCAAGAAGAGAUUUCCCAUGAAGAAGACGAUGAUGACGAGGAGGAAGAACCUGUUGUUCCUAAAGAGACUCCAAGUAGUCAGUUCCUGAAGACACUCUGGAGCCAGGAUGCGUACGCUCAUAGACUAUGCGGCAGAGAAGUUACUGUAGUGUGUGAUGGACAUGCCUACCUGCUGAAGACGGAGGAUGGCUACACGAUCAUCAAAACAGAGUUGCCUUUACUGCAGUCGUCCAUAGAGGAAACAGAUUCUAGAUUAGGUGACUCCUGGAAUGUGCCAUCAUAUUUGGUUGAUGAGCUAGGUGCUUUCACCCGUGCUCUCUGUGGUAGACCAGGCAUCAAACAUGUUGAUGAACUUCGCUACCUGCAACUGAACGAUUAUGGCUGCAAAGAACUUGACAAACCUCAGAACAUGGACAUGAGCAAGGGCCAGCCACGUGACAACAAUGAUGAUGACGAUGAUGAGGAGGACAACGAUGAUGAUGAUGAGGAGGACAACGAUGAUGAUGAUGAUGAGGGUUAG